AUGACAACUCUACAACCUAAUCAAGAUCCAGCUAGUCCAUUUUAUUUGCAUCCAACAGAUAACACUGCAAGUCAGUUAGUCUCAGUGAAAUUUAAAGGAGAAGGCUAUGGUGAUUGGAGGAGAAGUAUGAUGAUCUCUAUGUCAUCAAAGAACAAGCUAGGUUUUGUGAAUGGAACACUAGCUAAACCUGAUGUAACAGCUGACACUUAUCAGGCUUGGAUGAGAUGCAAUGACAUGAUGAUUUCAUGGAUACUGUUUAAUCUGGACACAAACAUUGCCAAAAGUGUGUUAUACUUUAACACAGCUAGAGAGAUUUGGCUAGACCUAGAAGAAAGAUUUGGAUACGUUUCUGGUCCACAGUUGUUUUCUCUUGAACAACAAGCUGCAGAAAUCACACAAGGAGGACAGAACAUUGCUGAAUUUUUCACAGAGAUUAAGUCUAUUUGGGACAAGAUAAGUGCUGCUAAUCCUCUGCCAUCAUGUACUUGCAACCAAUGUACAUGUAACUUGACUCAAAAGAUCUUCAAGAUGCAGCAAGACCAAAGGCUGAUGCAAUUCUUAAUGAAAUUAGGGGAACAUUUAAGCACUGCAAGGGGAAAUUUGUUGAUGAUGCAACCUUUGCCCACCAUCACUCAUGCUUAUAGGAUGUUGGCUCAAGAAGAAAGACAAAGAGAGAUCAGUGCUCCCAUGCAACAUACAGAGAAUCAUGCUUUCAUAGCAGAUAGAAGGAGGUAUAAUGACUUACAAGGAAGAAACAAUCCUUACAAAACUGGAUACAAGAACACUUAUCAGUAUGGUGGAAACAGAACUGGAUACAAGAAACCAUUUACAUAUUAUUGUGAUCAUUGCAAGGUUUCACUGGUUUUAAGAGUGACAAAAGAACAGCAGCAGCAGCUUACUUUGAUGAACCAUAUGGGGAUGAUAUGA